AUGGUGGAUGCUGGAUCUGUGUACAGUGUUAGUAGAGUGGUGGUCACCAACAGAAACGACUGUUGUGUAGAACGAAUAAAUGGAGCGGAGAUUCGCAUUGGGAACUCUUUGAAGAACAAUGGCAACAACAAUCCCAUAUGUGCUGUUAUUCCUGCUAUUCCAGGAGGCUCUUACGGCUACUCAUGCGCUGGGAUGGAGGGACGUUACGUGAAUCUGAUCAUUCCUGGAGACAUGAAGAUACUCACUCUGUGUGAGGUGGAGGUUUUUGGAAAAGGUAUAUCUGUAGCCAUCGAUU